UAGGCAGCCAAUCUGCGUGCUUCAUUCUCACAGUCGAGUGCCUGCAGCUCCGCCUCCUCCCGGGGCCUGAGAUUGGCGAGAUCUGGGGUGCAGUGCGAAUGGUACCCCCGGGAAGCGAUCAGAUCGCUCCAGAAUGACCAGCGAUGGAAAACUCUCCCCCAGACACACCAAGAUGUGAAGGAGACCACGCUGGCGCACACCGGAACAUCAUGCUGUAAUUGAAUGCGUUUACGCUCCGCAGCCCAGCAGGAAUCUGGGUUUUUAGGUUGCGCGAAGCUCCGCUUUCUGUGUGAAAUCGGUGAGCUGAUAAAGCGAAAUCAUGGCAAGCAAAAGGAAGGCCACCACGCCUUGUAUGAUUCCUCCUAAGGCUCUAGCAUUAGAAAGCGAUGCAGACAUUGCCGAAGGAUUGAAAGAGGAAGCAGAUGAAGAAGAAACCCAGGAGGCACCUGCUUUGAUCAGCAGCCAUAAUGAAGUGAGUUCCAAUGGACAUCAAAACAUCAACGGGGAGAGAUUCUUUUGUAAAUACUGCAAUUUCGGGUCUCAAGACACGAGCAGGUUUGUGGAGCACAUGAACACGAAGCACCCGGAUUUCAGAGACGACCCCUCGUACGUCUGCAUCGCGUGCAGCUUCCUGGUGAACGAGUCUACGGAGCUGGAGGCUCACAAUACGGAGUGCCACCCGCGGGACGCCGGGCUGACGUGGACCGUGGCCAAGCACGAGAGCUACACGGUGGUAGAGCAGAGCGUAAGCGAUCGGAAACCCGACGGGGACGUGACGGACAGCGAUCUCAAUCAGUCGGCGGAUGAUUAUUCGGAGAUAACGUUCACCAAAACACCUAUAAUGAAAACCAUGAAAAACAAGGCGGAAGCGAAAAAAAUUGUCGCCGGAGCAGAGAAGGUGGAGAAGAAAAAUCAUCUCGCAGCCAAAAACCUCUCUGUAUCGGCAAGCAAACCCUCAACGGGCAUCGCAAACGCCUCUCCGAUUGUAAACGGCUCGAUCUUGGGAACGGUUCCUGUCCUCCCUGGAGUGACCCAGUUGGUGUCCAUUAACCCUUCACAGCCAGUGGUGCAGCCUAAGAUCCCAACCAUAAUUGCACCCGUUUUGACAAAACAGUCGACUGUCCAGAAGCCCCAAGGUGCUUCCCAGAGUAGCCAGCUUCCCAACUCGAAGUCUCUCCCAAAGGUAAUGAUUCCUCUUAGCAGCAUUCCAACGUAUAAUAUAUCCAUGGACUCCAACAGCUUCCUGAAGAACUCCUUCAACAAGUUCCCCUACCCUACGAAGGCCGAGCUGUGCUAUUUAACGGUGGUGACAAAGUACCCAGAGGAGCAAAUAAAAAUAUGGUUCACGGCUCAGAGACUGAAACAAGGGAUUAGCUGGUCGCCUGAGGAAAUAGAAGACUCGAGGAAGAAGAUGUUCAACACCGUUAUCCAGUCUAUCCCCCAACCCAUGCCUCAGCCAACCAUAACCGUUCUGAACGCUCCGCUGGUAGCAAACGCCAACGGUGUUCAGCACCUUAUCCAGGCGGCUCUACCCGGUCAGAUAGUCGGUCAGCCGCAAGGCACCGGUGGUCUGCUUGUCACACAGCCUAUCAUUACUAACGGGAUUCGAGGAUCUCCUUCUUCAGUGUCGUUGACCGUGACGUCUCUUCCCACCCAGCACACUACAACUCAGGCCAGAGUAGCCUCGCCAGCUGCUAAGGAUGCCGGUGCUUCCGAAGCCACCACGUCCACCUCCCCCAGUUUGCCUUCCCAAAGUUUGUACGACUUCAGUUUUUCGAGGAGCAAAAAAUCCAGACAGCAACUCGGUGCCCUCAAGAACAGCUUCUACAGGAAUCAGUUUCCAACGCCGUCCGAGGUCAACAGAUUGACGAAAAUAACAGGACUCACCACGAGGGACGUCAGGAAGUGGUUUAGCGACAAGAGGUACCACUGGCGCAACAAGUCCUCCUACGCCGCAGACAGCAGCGAUGGAAUGAUUGACAGUCCGUCCGAAAUGUAUUCGCUGAUGAAGGAUUCCGAUCUUGAUUUCACUCUAGGUAGUCACGCGCCGUCGCAUACGUCAAGGAGACAGUCUUGGAAUCAGACACCUGACUUUACGCCUACUAAAUAUAAAGAGAGAGCUCCGGAACAAAUCAAAGCUCUGGAAAGGAGUUUCUUCCAAAGUAACUUUCCGUCUGAAGACGAAGUGAAUCGUUUAAGGAGCGAGACCAAAAUGACCAGACGUGAAAUAGACAGCUGGUUCGCCGACAAGCGCAAGAAGCUCGCCGUAGAGCAUAAGAAACUGGAUAUGGAGGAGGACGAGGAGAACAUGAGUUACUAUAUAAAGGUAUCGGACGUCCCCGAGCCCUCAGCAGAAAAUAAUCCUCAAACAAGUGAAAGAAAGGUAAACCCAAUCAAAAUCAACCUGAAGGAUCUUCGUGUCACGGAGUCGAAUGAAAGCGUAGAGGCGCCAGUUGAUGAUAACGGCGUAGGCAGUGAUGGGAGUAGUAGACCGUCAACCCCCUUAAAAAACAGAUCGCAUAUUAAAAAAACUGCUCAGCAAAGGGAUCUCUUGAAGCAAACCUUCGUUAAGACUCAGUCCCCUUCGAGCAAGGAGUACGAUGACUUAGCUGAGCAGACGGGACUGCCGCGGGCCGAUAUUGUGCGUUGGUUUGGCGACAGCAGGUAUUCUUUCAAGAACGGACAGUUAAAGUGGUAUGAACGCUACAAAGGCAUUGUGGGUAUUAAGACUGUCACCCCCCAUCCCCUUAUGCAAUAUUAUGAACAGCACCACCAGGUUUCUGAUCACGACCUUGCGAGUCUUUGCGAGACGACCGGAAUGACUCCCGAUGAGGUGAGGGUCUGGUUUGCAGAAAAGCAGGAGACGGCAAACCAGGCCGUGUCGGGGGCAACCCGUGAUAAUCCGUCCGAUGACGGCACUGAGAGGCCGGACCCUCGGGUAGGAAACUCUGAGUUUGAGUCCAAAAGCAGUGUACAUCGGGAGCCAGAAUCCCAGAAAACCACUACAGACCCUACGCACACAGUCCAGCAAUCCAGUAUCCCGCGUGAAGCCGAUUGAACGUUAGCAAAUGGACCCUGUUCAUCAAGAGGACAGCACGCCCCACUGGGUUUCCUUUGGUAUUGCAAUGUCUCCUUUAGGACCUUGAUAAGGAUGAGGAAAGAGACCACGAUUGAUGCCAUAACGUAUAGGAAUCAAAGGGAUUUCCAAGACCCAGCGUCCUCCGCUCAAAUUCUGUCUGUGGCAAGAGACUUACACCGUAAAUCAGACUCUCCACCCCAACCCUGUCCCAGGCUCCGCUCCUUCUUACUGAUCCAAUUCUUUGGAUGAAACGUCCCGUUCAGUGUGCUGGUACAGACGCUUAUUUAUAUAACAAUUACAAGAUAACCGUUUAGUAUUCAGAAAUAGUUUACUACAGAACUUUCUAGCAAACAAACAUGUUUGGAUCUAACCAGCUAUCAAUAAUAAAAAAAAAAAAAAAAAAAAUCAAA